AGUUGCCAUUACUGAAGAUUCUUAAUGCCAGAUAAUCAACCUACUGCCGAAUAACCAUGAAAGAGACGAGGUAGCUGCCCAAGUGUGAGAUAAAACUGAUUUCAAUGGAUACAAAAUACAAAGACGAUUUAUUUAGGAAGUAUGUACAGUUCCAUGAAUGCAAACUGAAUGCCUCUGACAACAAGCAGCGUCCUAUUAAUGAUGAGUACUUACGAGUGGCAGCGGCAGCCUUACUUUGCCUUCCCAAAAUUGAUCCCUUUUAUAGAUUCCGGUUGAUAAAAUUUUACGAGAUGGCUGAAAACUCACUGAGAUCUGUGAAAUCCUCAAGUUUACAUUUUCUCCAUAAUGCAUUCAGCAUGCUCGAGACAGUUGGAAUUAAUCUCUUUCUUUACCCCUGGAAAAAGGAGUUCAAAAAUAUUAAGACCUACACUGGACCCUUUGUUUAUUAUGUAAAGUCUGCUCUAACUGAAGAUGAUGUCAGGCAGAUUUUGAACUACAUGGGCUAUGUCCAAGAACUGGGAACAAUGUAUAAGCUCAAAGAGCAGGUUGAUGCCAUUCAAGUGAAAAUGAUUUCGUUUGAACUCUUUCUGGCCAAAGUGGAAUGUGAGCAGCUUCUUGAAAUUCACUUGCAAGUGAAGGAAAAAGGUUAUUCAGAGAUUGAUGUCAUAAAUGAACGGAAAAAUAGCAAUGAAGACGUUAGAGGCUGCUCAGAAGCCAUGAAACGGCGUGCAGAGUGCAAAGAGAACUUAAACACUUCCAUGGCGCGGAUGGUACUGCAGAAAUCGGCGAGCGAACGGGCCUCUAAAGAUUAUUUCAAGCCAAAGGUGAGCAAGCCUUCUAAAUCAGUGGACACCUACGAUAAUUAUUGGGAGAGUAAGAAGCCACCUUUGAUGAGCUCACUGAGUCUCAGGAAAGAACCAAUUUUAGUUGAUGCAGAUGAUGACAUUAAAGAUGAAAUUAUCCGUCCAUCGCCCUCUCUUCUGACAAUGUCAAGCUCCCCACACGGGUGUUCAGAUGAAUUCUUGCCAACUUCAUCUCAUCACAAUGGCAUGCUAAGAACAAAUGUCCCUUACAGCUCCUAUUUUUCUGCUCAAGAGGACUUAGAUUUAUAUACUGAUCCCGAUUCUAGAAGUAUGUUAAAUUUUAAAAGACAAGAAGCUAUUAAGCCUGAUGUAUGGGUGUUAAAAAGUGAUGCCAACCCUGUUUACCACAAACGCACCCACCUAGCCAAAGAGACAGCUUCCCUCAAGUGCCAAAACUGUGGCGUACCUUGUGGCACUUCGGUUUGCCAAAAGUGUGACAAUCUGUUCAACUCCAGGCAGGAAUACCCAGCAGUGAAACAGAGCACCUAUUCAAUCAAACCACUUCCAAAUGACGGCUUGUCUCCUGCGUCUGCUUUAAGGGAGAAAUCUCAGUACACGUCACAGACUCAGAGUCAAGAGAGAGCUGCUCCGUUCGGUUCAAAAUCCAAACCUUCAGGCACCUCGCGCUGCGGCUUUUGCAACCGGUCUGGAGCGGCAAACACUUGCACGUUUUGCUCAAAAGUCUCCUGUGACACUUGCCUCAAUGCUUACUAUUACGAUCCCUGCUGUAGAAAAAGCGAGCUUCACAGAUUCAUGCCUAACAAUCAGCUAAAUUAUAAAUCGUCCCAGCUGUCCCAUGUAGUUUAUAGAUAGACUCGAUUAGUCCGUUUUGGAGGGGAAGGAAAGAGGGAGGGGAAAGGGCUAUUCUAACUAAUGUACUGACUUCACUGAUAAGAAAAUACACUGACCUCUUACAAAAAAUGACAUGUCCAAAUAUUUGGAACCAUGGUUCAGUGAUCAGGUGCCAGUUCUUGAUUUUUGUGGCUUCACAGAUGCUGCAGAUACAUUAGAUUUCAUGCUGCUAUAAUUUAGGUAACUCCUAAAUGAUCAUUAUUUUUCAAUUUAAAUGGGGGAGAAGAGCACCUUUUUCAUUAAAACUUGGCAGCUGUUGCAUUUUAGAAAAGCGACAUCGCACGUUUCUAUUACAUUGCAGUCAUCUCCUUGCCCGAACAAAACCAUGCAGGGCUUGAAAAUAAAACCUGAGAAUUAAGAGUCUCAUUUUCUAUGAGUAAGGAAGCUACUGCUGUUUUUUGAUAAAUUAUGACUUUGAAAUGUGCAAGAAAUACGCGAGUGGCUUGUUUUGCCAACAAGGACUAUUUUUUUUUUUUUUUGAAGCGUGUCUGCAUUUCUUGAUCUCCAAAAUGCGAACACCACAGCGUCUCUUCCUUUUGUCUUUAUGUUUCUUCCUUCUCCCCUUAUCUCCUGGUUGUUUAUCUCAAGCUUAUAUCGUCUCAAUCUGGACAGUAUGUGCUUUAUUUUCUGGUGUUGCCAAUGUCAUCCUACUGGUUUUUACUGUGUGGUAUUUUAAAAGGUGAACCUGCAUUCAUGUCGCUGAAAUUACACCUCGAGUGUUGUCCUUCCAGAUGAGUACUAAUUUUCUUUACUUUCUGUUGCACAUGUAUUAAGUACUGUUCUUUGUACUGUAAAUAGGUAAUCUGGAAACAGUUUAUUUUUAAUAAAUAUUUAAUAUGUUGA